CCACACACACCUCCACGUGUGCUCUGCGCUCCGCCUCAUUGUGCCCCAGUUCUGAUCUGCAGUGCCCCAGUCAGGCAUGGACCCCACAGGGAGCCCGUUCAGAAGAACCAUGGAGACCCGGACCUACUACACCCGCCCCGUCGGGUCCCCAUCCAGCGGAUUCCGCUCCCAGUCGUGGUCCCGUGCGAGUCCCGCGUCCACUGUGAGCUACAAGCGCACUGUCAAUGUGCCGGUGUCCCGCGCACACAGUAACAUAGAGAGCGCAGACUUCAGCCUGAACGGGGAAUACACACGCGCCUCAGAGAAGGAGCAGCUACAGGGGCUCAAUGACCGCUUUGCUGUCUACAUUGACAAGGUGCACUUCCUCGAGCAGCACAACCAGCAACUCGAGGCAGAGAUCCAGGCUCUGCGGGACAGGCAGGUGUCCCGGACCCAGCUGGGAGACGCAUACGAUCAGGAGCUGCGUGAGCUACGACUCGCUCUAGAGCAGGUACACCGCGAAAAGGCGCAGGUGCACCUGGACUCAGAGCGCCUAGAGGAGGACAUUCAGCGGCUCCGCGAACGCUUUGAGGACGAGGCCCGGCUCCGCGAGGACACCGAAGCCAUCAUCCGGGUCCUGAAGAAGGACACGAGCGACGCAGACCUGCUCAAGGCAGAACUCGAGAAGAAAGUUCAGUCUCUACAGGACGAGGUGGCUUUCAUCCGGAAUAACCACGAGGAAGAAGUACGUGAGCUGCUUGCGCAGAUUCAGGAGGCACAGGUGCGCGUGGAGCGCCGAGAUACGCACAAGGCUGACAUCACCGAUGCUCUGCGCGAGAUCCGCUCUGAGCUCGAGGGUCACUCCACACAGAACCUCCAGCACGUAGAAGCCUGGUUUACAAAUCGUUAUGCAAAAUUAACCGAGGCUGCAGAACAGAACAAGGAUGCUAUCAAGUCCGCGCGUGACGAGAUCGCAGAAUACCGCCGCCAACUCCAGACUAAGACCGUGGAGCUGGAGUCCGUGCGCGGCACCAGGGAUUCCCUCGAGCGGCAGCUCAAUGACAUCGAAGACCGCCAUAACAGCGACUUGGCGAGUCUCCAGGAAACCAUUCACCAACUGGACAAUGAGCUCAAGAGCACCAAAUGGGAGAUGGCCCGUCACCUGCGUGAAUACCAGGAUCUGCUCAAUGUCAAGAUGGCCCUGGAUAUUGAGAUUGCUGCAUACAGGAAACUUCUGGAAGGUGAAGAGACCCACUUUAGCACUUCUUUCCCAUAUCGCCAGACCAUCUCCAAAACCAAGUCCGAAGCUCCCAGGCUGAAGGUGCAGCACAAGUUUGUGGAAGAGAUCAUCGAAGAGACCAGGGUGGAGGACGACAAAGCUGAAAUGGACGAAGCUUUGGCCGAGAUCGCUCAGGAGCUGUCCGCUACUCUGGAGGAAGAUGGAAACGAAGAGGAGGGAGGGGAAGAGGGAGAGGAGGAGGGAGAGGGAGAGGAAGUAAUAGCCGCUUCCGAAGCUAAAGUCAGCUCCAGCGCCCCAGGAGAAGAGGGAGAGGCAGAGGAGGAAGAAGAGGGCAAAGAGGGUGGAGAAGAAGAGGAGGAAGAGGAGGGUGAAGGUGAAGCGGGAGAGGAAGGAGAGAAGGAGGAAGAGGAGGGCGGAGAUGAGGAAGGAGGAGAUGAGGAAGGAGAGAAGGAGGCUGAGGAUGAAGAGGGAGGAGAUGAAGGUGAGGAGGGAGGAGAGGAAGGAGGUGAGGUGGUGGAGGAGACAGUGCUGUGCUCCAAAGCUCCAGAGUCCAAAGCAUCUCCAGACAAAGAGAAAGAGGGAAGUGGUGGAGAGGAAGAGGCAGCUGAUGAAGAAGCUGGUGAUGACAAAGAAGAAGAAGCAGAUGAUGACAAAGCAUCUAAAAGUGGCGAUGAGAAGGAGGACAAAGACGACAGCAAUAAGGAUGAGAAGAAAGAAGAACCUGUCUCUAAGAGUGAAGCUCCAAAGACAGAAUCCAAAGCUACCAAACCUGAUUCUCCCAAGUCUGAGUCUCCAAAGGCUGGCUCUCCCAAGAGUGAGUCUCCAAAAGCUGGUUCUCCUAAGUCUGAAUCUCCUAAAGCUGGCUCUCCCAAGUCUGAGUCUCCCAAGCCCAGCAGCCCCAAAGAAAGCUCCCCGAAGUCUGAAUCUCCAAAAGCUCAGUCCCCCAAAAAGGAGACUGCACCCAAGGAUGACAAACCAGAGAAGCCCGAUGACAAGAAGGUUGAGAAGAAAGACGCAGCCAUGAACGGAGACUUAGACAAGAAAAAAGAUGAAGAAAAAGAAGUGAUUGCCAACGGCGUGGACGACAGCCCUGUGAAAGAUGAUGCUGGCCAGAAAGUCGUCAUCACCCAAACUGUGGAGACCAUCACCACCGGAGAAGAUGGCUCCAAGCACAUCACCAAAUCCGUCACUGUUACAGAAACAGUGAAGGAAGUUGAAGAGGAGGUCCAGGAGAAGGUGGUGGCAACAAAGAAGAUGGAAAAACACUCCACCCAGACCGUCAAGCAGGUGACCGAGGCUGAGUAGGAGGCGUUGGCUUCAGAGGGCGGGGCCAAAGGAGGAGGAGGAGUCAAGAGAAGACAAAGCAAUCAACCAAUCAUAACAGCUAGAGCGGCGUACUUCAAGAUAACCACAACACGAUCCUAGAAGCCAAAAAGAAAACGCUAAACAUCUCCAAAAUGCAUGUCGAGUGAAAGCUUUAAGUGGGCGGAGCAAAGACAGACGUUUGGUUAUUACUUGUUCCUUUAUUUCUUUAUGCAGUUCAUUUUGGGAAAAGAGGGAGGGGGGCGGGGUCUCUGCAUGCUAGCUCAGGGGAGAGGGUGCCACGUCCUCUCGAAUGUGUAUGAUAGGAACACAUUGUAAAAAAGAGUCUAUAUAUAUAUAUAUCAAAGCAAUGAAUGCACUAAGGGUGGGAGAGUGAGAUCUAUAUUAUUAAGAGUUUUUUGAGUAUUAUAAAGGGAUAAAGGGGCAGCUAAGGAGGGAGGGUCCUCUACACAUGUUGAAGAAGCCUUACUGUACUUGAGAUGAUAAAUCUACUGAGCCAAAAAAGUAACUAACAACACAAAUGACAGGAUAGAAAGUCCCAGGGCAAUUGAGCGAUGGACCAUAUUACAUCAAGUAUCUGAAGCUUAACCAACCUACUGAAGACUACUAGCCUUAAACAUGCUUUUUAUCAGUGUCUGUUAUGUUUACCUGAGUGCAACUGAAAAUAAUCAAUCACUGUACAUGCGGCGGUAUGUGCAUUCUUGUAUGCAUAGGAUGGACUUGAAUUUAAAUACAAAAUAAAUGA